UGUCCAUGUCCACACCGAUGGCGACACAGGACCCCUACGUCAUUGGCAAAAUGGCGGCUUCAAGCAGCAAAUCUGUUCUGUUUGUCUGUCUGGGGAACAUCUGCAGGUCCCCCAUUGCGGAGGCCGUCUUCAGGAAGAUGGCAACUGAAGCAGGUGUUGCUGACAAGUGGAGGAUAGACAGUGCCGCCACGUUCGGCUAUGAGAUAGGAAACCCGCCCGACCAUCGCGGCCUAGCCUGCAUGAAGAGGCACGACGUGCCCGUGAGACACGUGGCUCGACAGGUGACCGAGGAUGACUUUAUGAGCUUUGAAUUUAUUCUCUGCAUGGACGAGAGAAACUUGAGGGACUUGAAACAGAAAGCCAACGCUGUGGAGGAUCACCGGGCAAAAAUCGAACUUCUCGGUACAUAUGACCCGCAGAAGCAGCUGAUCAUCAAAGAUCCCUAUUAUGGAAGUGAUGAAGACUUUGAAAAGGUGUACGAACAGUGUCAACGAUGCUGCAGGGCGUUUCUCGAGGCAAACUCAUAGCGUUGUUGUCGCUCGCCAAUUGGCCACCGAAAUGGAAAAUACACCACCGGUGAAAAAUGUGGACCCGGUUUCUCAUUCGAAACCUUGAACCUUCGAAACAAAUGCAUCAGAAAACAACGGUGGCUCCAAAACUGCCACCCACGUACUCAUCAAAACCAGUCACAAGACUCCUGGCUGACAGGGAAACUGAAUUGGAUCCGCUCAAAACUUUUGAAUGCACCUUUCGGUACUUUUUGCACAAAUUGCUGUCCACUUUUGAAGACAAAAAUUCUGAUACUUUUUUUUUUUUUUUUUGUAACCGUUUAGUCUAUGCCUCAUUACUGUGACUCUUCCAUUCUCUGCGCAUCUCUGUUGCAAUCUACUGAUGUCGUUCUCGAAGCCUUCAGUGGUGAUGCCCACUUGCAGCAACCGUGAAGAGCAUUCUGGUGAGGUACUGUUGACCAAUUAUUAGGCGUUGUCUUGGUUGCAUGAUAUGAAGAGGACAGUUUGUCUUUUGUAAUCGAACCAGGAAAUUCAUGGUUUAAAAAAAAAAA